CAAGAUGGCCGCCACUGUUACAAGAAAUCCCUGCUUCGUGAGGGGCCUGUCUGCGUUUGUUUGGCAGUGCCGCCCACCGAAUACUACCUUGAGUUUGUCCAAAACACAGCUGAGAUGGAAGGGACACAGUGAAUGGCAAAAUAGAAAAUACAAAAAAGCACACAUUGACUUUGCGCGCAGCAAGGAGUUUGGAAAAUUAUCUCUCGAAAUCAUCACAGCGGUGCGCGAGAAUGGACAAGAUGUGCGCAUGAAUCCUCGCUUGGAGAAACUUGUUGAAAAAGCUAGAUUAAUAAGCAUGCCUAAAAAUACCAUUGAUAAGGCAAUCAAAACUGGAGCAGGGACAAAGGACAACCCCUUUGAGACGGUCUUCCUUGAAAUCAAAGGACCAGGGGGUUGUGGACUUCUUGUACAACUGCUAACAACCAAUAAAGUCAAAGCAAAGUAUGAAAUGAACAGAAUUCUACGGAGGAAAGGGGGUGUGUCUAAAGAGGCAGGAUCAGUGCCUUUUCUCUACGAUCACAAAGGAACAAUAACCAUAGAAGAUUUUCUUUUUACGGAGGAAAAACGCAAGUUACCUGAUUAUCCUGAUAAUGAAAGUAUUGAAAGGGCAGAAGAAAUAGCAAUUGAAUGUGGGGCAGAGAAUCUGUUCUUUAGUGAAUCUGAAAAUGGAACAAAAAAUAUAAAGUUCAUCUGUGCAUUGGAAGAUGUGAAACAAGUUUACAAUGACUUAUCAAACAGGUUCCCUGAUAGAUUUCUUUCGUCAGAACAGGAAUACUUACCACGAAAACUUGUUUCUUUGUCUGAAGAACCUUUACAGCAAGCAAAAAUACUGAUUGAUAGCCUGGAAGAGCACUUGGAUGUAGUGAGAGUAUAUGAUAAUAUCAAGGAGUUUCCAAGUCACACUUGCAAGUUGUUCUGUUCCACGUGACAGAUCUCUCCCAACUUUGGAGUUAAUGCAACCUGCCGUUUGUAAGCCCCCUCCAACUUAAGCUAUUCUGGUUUCGAGAGAUAGGAUCUUGGUAUAAUGUGACAUCUUGAAGGUUAACCCUUUAACCCCCAAGAGUGACAAGCAUCUAAUUUCUCCUUACAAGAUCACCUCUGAUUCACAUAUUCAGGUCAUGGGAAUAAAGGAAAUGAUCAUUACGUAAAGGAGCUCGUGAUUGUUUUACAAAUUCUCCUUGUCAGUACCUCAGGAAAUGUAUAGAGAACAGUUUGGAGUAUAUGCAAACUGAUGUUAGGGUGUAAAUGGGUAAACCAGUAAAUGCAAAACAUAUUUUGAUCCACACUGCUCUAGCUUGUUAUCAAGUGCUUUAUCUAUUCCAGUUAUAAGCCCCCUCAGAUAUUUCUACAAGGUCCUAAAACUUCUUACAAAGUUGUUCAAGUCCAGGGCUUAUAAGUAGUAGUUUAUCAUAUCUAACAGACUGGAAAUGUUUAAAAUUUCAGGACAUGCCUGAGUUAAAUUGGCAUAAUUAUAACCAAGCCAUUUGUGAGGGGGUUUAUUUGUUAAAGGCAGAGGUUCACUUGAAAAUUAUUUGGUAAUAAAAUUAACAAAGUUUAGAGGAGGAAAAUCUAGUACAGAUUAUAAGACCAAGAUCGAGCAAGAGAAAUAAAGAUUUUGUGAUAGCCUCUUAAAAUUAAUAAUGAAAGUUGGGAAAUAUUUUGCAAAUUAUGCUGCAUUUGGUAAUGUAAUGUUUGUAUCAAGGGAGUGACUGUAAGGUUGGCCUGAGUCCUAUAAACUGGAGCAGAAUGAAAAAAGAAAAAAGAAAGAAAUCUUCCCACUCAAAUCCCCCUGUUGUAAAUAUAUCAGGUUAUUAAUCACUUUGAAAAUGGACAACAUGACUUGAAGCAAGGUUGUAUGACUGAACCCUUAAACUCCCAGAAGUGAUUAACGUGAAACUUCUCCCUAUAAUAUCCAUACAUUAUCCAGCAAAGAGUGGAUGAAGAUACCCAAACUUCACAGGUAGAAGUUGUUAUCUUGAUCUUAUACCAAAUUUGCAAAACUUAUUUGUCAGGAAUUGUGUAAAAGCUGGAGAGGAGAAUUAACAAUCAGAUUUUAGGAGUUGAAGGGUUAAGGAAGUCUGGAAAAUCAUGAAAUUACAGUGGCAUUUUUCCAGGCUGGAAAGCCUUUAAAUUUUCUUUUCCAUGUAGGUCAUAGAGAGUCACGGAAAUUCAAUGAAAACCAAGGAAAAUCCUUGGUUAUAACCAGCUUGGU